GCUUCACGAGGAAUAAAAUUACUCACUAUUUUUCUCGCACUGGGAUGUCCAGAUCGAAUCCGAUUCGAGUACUCAUUCGUGGUGACUGAUGAGAAAGGCAAUCCCUCUGCCAGAACGUCGAAUGAGCCGGUGGAUCAAUCAAAUGUUAUAACCUGUCCAGUGAAUGAUCCAGACGGACAAGGAAUCAGCAACGGAUUGCGUCGUCUGCUUCACUUAAACGCAAGCGACUACCUGCUCCAUCGAGAAUGGGCUUUUCGCCAAAGCGUUUUGAACACACCUGCAAUCGCUCCAAUCCAGCCCAAAUCAGCUCAGUCGCAGAAUGCCGCUGCAAAUCAACGUGCAUCAGCCUUAUCCUCGACAUCCAGUGCAAACUCUACCGGUCUCCGGGCCACUGAUCCAGGAUCGACUGUCGCUCGAGCGCGUCCCGUAGCGAUGAUCAGUGCAUCAACUGUGACAACUACGACCCCAACCACGGUCACACAGUCGCGCCCGAGCGCUACGGUUGCCGCUACAGUCAACACGACUUCAGUCACAACUACUCCCACCCUGUUACCCACUGGUUCACCCAGUACAGCCAAUACGAGCACACCUGCCUCCUUUAUCACACCAAUUACUGUUCAGUCUAACGCUCCUAAUCUGCCAGUUCAUCCCUUUCUUGCUCCAAUCACUGCCUUGCCCGCGUCGGUACUACGACCAGCCAGUGACGGCGUGCAACUUGUGGUCGCCGAUUCGUUUAGUGUGGCCAACUCAAAAACCACAACUCCCUCCGUUAUCAGCUCCACAUCUACAUCCGCCAACGCUCCGCCUUCCGCAGGCGCCGCAGUCAAUUCUCAGACGUGUGUAAUCAGUUCGUCAAACCACACUACGCCAGUAAUCACGGCUGUCCAAAGCACUGCUCCUAAUUUGAUUAUGCUACCGAAGACCGCCAACUCUAAAGGACACUUGGCAGUUGUUGAACGCCGGCUAGAUAUCCCGCAAAGCGCAUUACGACCUCGCGCCCGAAUGCCGUUUACCUCAAGGCCAUCGCUUGCAUCGCUACCGCCGCUCCAACGAGCUACUCCUCUGCCGAAGGUUCCCAUUUCGAAAUAUGUAAGUCCCACUCCUCGGCCUGUUGCCGUACAACCUCAGUCCACUCGUCUUGGUAUUUCGAAUCCAUCGGCUGGUAACUCACUAGAACCGAAACAGUCUUCACUGAGUGCAGUGAAGGCAUUCAACUCGAAACGGCGACGAACAACGUCAGUGCGUGGUCCUCGCCGUGGAGGAGGUGCUGUUGGUGGUGGGGCCACUAGUGCCCAAAUUGAUCCGCCUCCAACAAGCUCGCGUUCAUUUCCUACCUCUGUGUCCACAUCGUUUCCAACCGCGAUAUCUGGAUCCACGCAACUUCCAGUUGGUUUACCACUCCUUUUCCCUGCUCCUUCAAAUGCUGUUUCGAGCAACUCUGCUAACACUACAAAGACAUCCGCCACGGCAUCCACACGACCGGGAACGUUACCUUCAAACGCAACUUUCAUCCAGGGUCUCCCCUCAUUGACUCCCACGGUUUCGGUGUUAAAUGCGAGCUCACUGCUUUUCGGAGAUGGAGACACAACUCUGGGUACUCUGUUGGACCCAAAUGCGCAGGAAGCGGCUGCUAGUACCGCAGUUGCAGAAGUGGAUGGAAGACAAGUGAAUCCGAGCGAGCCAAGUGAAAAUAUCGCUUACAAGUGUGAAGAAACGAUGGAACAUCGAACUGAUUGGAAUGACAUCGGUCGAUUAGAUUUUCACGGUGUCAGUCGAUUCUGUCCGUCCGCAUCCACACCACACCUGCCUCAGCCAGCGUCACCGGGUUUUGCUGAUAUCUCACUGACGGACUCUAUGGCAGCUGCAGUUAUGGACACUCACGAAGGGGAUCUAGAAGCUGACGAUUUUGAAGACGGACAGGUGCCUAGUUUUCCCAUGGCGCUCAAUCCGGGCCGCCCCGGUGCUGGAGAUUUUCUCGGGACCAAUGGAUCGUCAGAUAUGCCGGCCAUUUACAGCCACCCCGAAAACACAGAAUGUUCGUCACCAUCUCCAAGCCAACCGUUCUUGCGUACUGUCCGCACCUCGUCGAACGAGAUUUCUACAAUUGAUCUGAACUCGCUCAUGCGUUCCAUGAAUCGAAACUCAUCACAGAAUUCUCCCCCGUCAAUUGACUGA